AUGUCUGUUGCAGAGGACAAGUCUGGCGUUGUUGUUGUUGUUGUUGACAUUGACAUUGACAUUGACAAUGGUUGUUCUCGGAGCGAAGGGUGUUCUGAGUCAGAUGAGGAGCAAAGGUCUUCGCAGGAAUCUGGUUCCGAGAUUGUGGGAAUGUCUGAAAAAGAGAGGGGAUCCUCUGUGUCUGAGUGCUGUGUGGUAUCUGUGGAUGUGGAUCUGAAGGCACAUUUUGCUAAGGUGGAGAGGGAUUGCAGGAUUUGCCAUCUCAGCAUGGAUAUGACCAACCAUAACCAUGAAUCUGGGACUCCCAUUGAGCUGGGAUGUUCUUGCAAAGAUGAUUUAGCUGCUGUCCACAAACAAUGUGCUGAGGCUUGGUUCAAGAUCAAGGGUAACAAAACUUGUGAAAUCUGUGGAUCCAUUGCACGCAAUGUAACUGGUGUAGUUGAAGUUGAAAUGACAGAACAAUGGAAUGAGGCAAAUGAUGCCUCCAUGGUACCACCAACUGGACCAGCCCCCCCUACAGAAAGUCGAAAUUUCUGGCAGGGUCAUCGGUUCUUGAAUUUCCUUCUUGCAUGUAUGGUCUUUGCCUUUGUCAUAUCCUGGCUUUUCCACUUCAAUGUGCCCUCAUGA